AUGCAAUCUCAGAUGUCAGGUCUCCUUGCAUUCAAUGAUGAAUGUUUGAUAAAAUUGUGGCAUCUAACCAUUCCAACACACGGUGUGAGUCCUGGAAAUGUUCCUGUUUAUCAUGGGAGUGAUUUGAAGGUAAUUGACAGGAGAGUGAGGCUUGUAGAAUUGAUUUUAAGGUGUUUGAUAUGUGGUCUAGCUAUACUUUCUGCUGUUCUUAUCGGGACUGACACUCAAGUUAAAGAGAUUUUCUUGAUUCAGAAGAAGGCUAAAUUCACAGACAUGAAAGCCCUUGUUUUCUUGGUAAUAACCAAUGGCUUAGCUGCUGCCUACUCACUGCUCCAAGUUUUGAGGUGUGUUUUGAGUAUGAUUAGAGGAAGUGUGCUCUUCAACAAGCCCUUAGCUUGGGUCAUCUUCUCUGGUGAUCAGAUAAUGGCCUACUUGACUUUGGCAGCAGUGGCAGCGGCUGCUCAGUCCGCUGUUUUUGCCAAGUUUGGGCAGACGGAGCUUCAAUGGAUGAAGAUUUGCAUCAUGUAUUCGAAAUUCUGCAACCAAGUCGGGGAGGGCAUAGCCGGUGCACUAGUUGUAAGCAUGGUUAUGGUCGUCCUCUCUGCUAUUUCUGCGUUUAGUCUGUUCCGUCUGUAUGGAGACAACAAAGGAAAGAACAGCGGAAGCUGA